GAGUGUUUUCGGCGCUGGAAGCGGAAGUGCCACACGCGUGUGUCUCGUUCAUUCAUUGCAGGAGUUUGCUGGAGUUCAGUGUGAUAUUAAUACUCAUUCGAGCUCAUAAUGAUUAAGGAGAACUGCUGGAAUAUUCCGGUGAACGCUCCGGCGUGUAUGGAGAGACACCUGGACGCGGUCGAUUACAGAGCAGAUGGCACGCUGCUGUUGGCCGCGUCCAGUCUGUCGGGUCGCUGCUGGCAGGGCUCCGUGUGGGUGUACAGUGACCCUAAACUGGCUCCCAGUGAGGGCUUCUGUAAGGCGGGCGUUCAGACUGAGGCUGGAGUCACAGACGCCCAGUGGAUCUCGGAGCGUGCGCUGCUGCUGGCCUCAGAUGCGGGUUCGGUGGAGCUGUGGGAGCUGGCGGAGGACGAGCGUCUCCUGCUGAACCGCUUCACUCGUCACGAGCACGAUGACGUGGUGACGGCCGUGAGUGUGAGCGCUAACAAACGUCACGCCGUCAGCUGUAGUGUGGACUGCAGGAUCAAAGUGUGGGAUCUGAACCAGGAGACCGUCAUCAGCUCCUAUAACGCUCACUCUCAGCCUGUCAGCAGUGUGUCGUGUUCUCCUGUGGACGAGUCUCUCUUCCUGUCAUGUGCUCAGGACGGACGGCUGCUGCUGUGGGACCGACGAAAACCCAAACCUGCCUCUCGCCUAGACGUAGUCUCUCCCAGUUGCAGUCCCACAGCCGUCGUCUGGCACCCUCAUCAGAGCAGCACCAUCGCAUACGGUGACGAACUGGGUCGAGUGACUGUGAGGGAUCUGCAGACGUCAGAUGGUGUGCGGACGAUAAACGCUCACAGCCGUCAGGUCUCCAGACUGACGUUUUCCUCUGACAGUUCACCCCUGCUGGCCUCUAUCAGUGAUGACUGCUCCGUUGCCGUGGUUACUGCAGAACUCAGAGAAAUUUUCAGGGACCGGCGGCACCAGGAUUUCGUGCGUGGCGUGUGUUGGGUCCCGGGCGGGUCGGGCGUGUUGACCACCGUGGGCUGGGACCAUCAGGUGCUGCACCACAGCGUGGGCCAAACGUCUGCACCCUAGAGCAUCAUGGGAAACCACAUCAACCUCCAAUUCAUCCCCAUUUCUGUUGUUCCGUCACCAUCAAAUUAUGUUUCAUGAGUUUGACGCAUAAUCAUAGUAAGAUCCAAAUUCAAGUGCAUUUUAGUAACAGAAAUGGGCAUGAAUGCUGUUUUCUUCUCAUAUUUGGCCAAACAAACAUAUUUCACAUUUCACUGUUUAAUAAAGUUUCUGUCAUGUGUA